CUUGGAGUGCUGAGAGCCGGGCCGGGAAGGCGGGCGCGCGCGCGCCGAGUGUGUGGAGAGAGCGCGCGCCGGGACGCGAGCGGUUCGAGGGGUCGGACCCGGCCGCCUGGCGAGCCUGACCGGCCGCUGAGGAGCGGGCGCCGCGAUGGCCGAGGGCAGCGCCGUGUCAGACCCUCAGCACGCCGCGCGCCUGCUGCGAGCGCUCAGCUCUUUCCGCGAGGAGUCCCGCUUCUGCGACGCGCACCUGGUCCUCGACGGGGAGGAGAUCCCGGUGCAGAAGAACAUCCUGGCGGCGGCCAGCCCGUACAUCAGGACCAAGUUAAACUAUAACCCUCCAAAAGAUGAUGGAUCCACUUAUAAGAUUGAACUGGAAGGGAUAUCGGUAAUGGUUAUGCGAGAGAUCCUGGAUUACAUCUUCAGUGGGCAGAUCAGGCUGAACGAAGACACCAUCCAGGACGUGGUGCAGGCGGCAGACCUGCUGCUGCUGACCGACCUCAAGGCUCUGUGCUGCGAGUUCCUGGAGGGCUGCAUCGCGGCCGAGAACUGCAUCGGCAUCCGGGACUUCGCGCUGCACUACUGCCUGCACCACGUCCACUACCUGGCCACCGAGUACCUGGAGACCCACUUCCGGGACGUCAGCAGCACCGAGGAGUUCCUGGAGCUGAGUCCGCAGAAGCUCAAAGAGGUGAUCUCUCUUGAGAAGCUGAAUGUUGGCAACGAACGAUACGUGUUUGAAGCGGUGAUUCGGUGGAUCGCGCACGACACAGAGAUAAGAAAGGUGCACAUGAAGGACGUCAUGUCGGCGCUGUGGGUCUCGGGGCUGGACUCCAGUUACCUGCGGGAGCAGAUGCUGAGCGAGCCGCUGGUGCGGGAGAUCGUCAAAGAGUGCAGCAACAUCCCGCUCAGCCAGCCGCAGCAAGGGGAGGCCAUGCUGGCCAGCUUCAAGCCGCGGGGCUACUCCGAGUGCAUCGUGACCGUGGGCGGGGAGGAGCGCGUGUCACGGAAGCCCACGGCGGUGAUGCGGUGCAUGUGCCCCCUCUACGACCCCAAUCGGCAGCUCUGGAUCGAGCUGGCCCCUCUGAGCAUGCCGAGAAUUAACCACGGCGUUCUCUCUGCAGAAGGAUUUUUGUUUGUGUUCGGAGGCCAAGAUGAAAAUAAGCAGACGCUGAGCUCGGGGGAGAAGUACGAUCCAGAUGCCAACACGUGGACUGCGUUGCCACCCAUGAAUGAGGCAAGACACAACUUCGGCAUUGUGGAGAUAGACGGCAUGCUGUACGUUUUGGGCGGGGAGGACGGGGACAAGGAGCUGAUCUCCAUGGAGUGUUACGAUAUUUACUCCAAAACCUGGACCAAGCAGCCUGACCUGACCAUGGUUAGAAAGAUCGGCUGCUAUGCAGCUAUGAAAAAGAAAAUCUACGCCAUGGGUGGAGGGUCCUACGGGAAACUGUUUGAGUCCGUGGAGUGUUAUGAUCCCAGGACCCAGCAGUGGACUGCCAUCUGUCCCCUAAAAGAGAGGAGGUUUGGUGCCGUGGCCUGCGGGGUCGCCAUGGAACUGUAUGUGUUUGGGGGCGUCAGAAGUCGUGAGGACAUCCAGGUUAAUGAGAUGGUCACCUGCAAGUCCGAGUUCUACCACGACGAGUUUAAAAGGUGGAUCUAUCUUAAUGACCAGAACUUAUGCAUCCCCGCCAGCUCCUCCUUCGUGUAUGGGGCUGUGCCCAUAGGAGCCAGUAUUUAUGUUAUUGGGGACCUUGAUACAGGUACUAACUAUGACUACGUGCGUGAGUUUAAAAGGAGCACGGGGACCUGGCACCACACAAAGCCUCUCCUUCCAUCCGACCUGCGCCGCACCGGCUGUGCAGCUUUACGAAUUGCAAAUUGCAAGCUCUUCCGCCUGCAGCUUCAGCAAGGCUUAUUCCGCAUUCGUGUCCACUCGCCUUGAAGAGGGAGCGGAGCAGACGGGCGACUCUGUGCCAACUGCGCGUGCGCCGCCGUGCAGCUGGAGAUAGCGGAGGUCCGAGGUGCAGCCGAAACUUGCUCUGUGUGCCGGGCUUGGGGUGGUAACUUUGGUGGUCUUAGAACGCUUAGAAGCUUGAGCUUCUGCGCGGGUGGGAGACCAUGUAACUUCAGACUACCUAGGAGGAAGCGGGUCCUCAGGGCAGCUGUGUCCGUAGACCCUGCGGGUAAUGGUAUCUCAAGGAGAGGGAUGGGGAAGGGGUGGUGUCCAGAGCAAAGCCAGACCCUGCGGAACUCACACUGACUGCUGUGAUCCAGGUGUGUGGUGGCUUUGGGAAGCAAACGAUCCAUAUAUGCAAAUCAACAUAUCCAAACAAUACCAAGAUUGCUUUUCUACUGCACUUGGAAGGAUUUAUUAUGCCUAACCCUGCCCAGUGAAUUAAAGUCUGUGCCUAAAAUGUUAGAUUGGACUGUAUGCCAGUUAGUCUGUAUCACUAGUGCUCUGUCCUAAGAACUUUUUAAAACUAUCAUGAUGAAUUGACACUAAGAUAAAACCUCUUUUAUACUGUCUGUCUCAGCAGUGUAAAGGUCCGAUAAUUCCAUGAGUCAGUUGCAGCCCUCCUGUGACCCUAAGGGACCUUGCUAACCUCUUCGUUCCUUUCCGUGAAGACACACCAUGCUGUAAGCUCCGGAGUGGUCCUUCGGCAUUGUGAAGGGUCUCGUGCAGUGCCAUUCCUCCUUUUGUAAGAAUGAGGGUGUUAGAGGGUAGGAGAUGUUAUAGAAGAAAGACCCGAGGUAGACAAAUAACAAGAGUCUGCUACGACUUUAAAAAAAAUCCAUCAGGUUGAAAUGCAUAGGGAUCAAACCUUUUUACUAUAAACUGAAAGCACACACAGUCCCGUUUACUGCUGUCUAGUGGGGACACUUGUUCAGAAUGUGAGUCUGUGUUGAAAAGCUACUCGCUGUACUAGAAUGUUCCCGGUGCCUCUCGCUGGUGUGUUUUAGACAGAUUAUUCCGAGUAACGUUUGGCUGGUAGGAUGAACUACCUCACCUGCAUUUCAUUCUGUUCUGAUAGCGCGAGCUCCGCUUCCCUCCUUUCCUGUCGCUCACUCCCGCCUCUCUCCCCCAGGAGGGAGAGAAUUCUCCACGGGUGGACUUACCUUGUAAGACACGUUGUUUUCCACUCGAAUUGUACCACCUCGGUGUGAAAUCAGGGACUUCAAAGUGCUUGAUUACUUCAUACUUUGAAUUUUAUGCAAUAUCAAAUUUCUAAUCAAUGUGACAUAGAGUGCUUCAUUUCUAAUUAUUUUCUACGCAUUUUUUUUCUCUUACAAUGUGGCUCUAAGAAUCUUGUCCUAUGGAUGAAUAAAUGUGUAAAUGACCCUUGGUGGUGGAUUUGGGAGCACUCUCUGUGGGAAGUGCGCUGUGCCGUAACACGCAUAGGAAACACUGCGCAUGUUCCCCGGCCGGGGCGUGAAGCUGCGACCCGCACUUCCCUGUCUCUUGACCCUGCCGGAGGCAGGCCGCUCCCUCAGGCUGCACACUGGCCAGGCCCGUGGGCUCUGGGAGCAGCAGGUGCCGGGCACCUGAGCUCCCCGCCCUGGUGGGAGGCUGCUGAGAGCCCUACACUCUCUCGAGCCAGCUGGUCCAGCGUGGCCAGGGUCAGCCUAGAGCGGUGCCACGCUCGCCUCAGCCCGCUGUCCGCACAUUUCCCCCGUCCUCCGGUGUGUGACCACUCAGAAGAGAGCACUUCCUUUACAGUUAGACACUAGUUUCAGGCAGAUGGAUUCAGUGACACAGCCCCACGGGACGGACCCUGGGCCUUCCGCAGCUCGGGACCCGUCACAGCCGUGAGGGCGGCAGCGCUCUGUCCGUGGCUCCUGACACCCGGGUUCCUCGUGGCCAGGCCUCCCCAGGGCACAGCUCACGGUGGAGGGGUGAGUGGGCCCAGUGGCGAUACUGGCGCGCCUGUGUGACUUGAUAAACUCACUUGGAAAACUGUUUUAAAGUUCAGUCCAUUUUCCCUGUAGCUGCAGAACUAACGGUCUGUAAAAUCAGUCUGCCACUGAAUAUGGGAUGCAAUAACCAACAAACGCUGCUAAGUGCCAAACUGCUGCUUUAUUUUAUAUAAAUAUAGAGACAUGUAGGGCUUUAUUUAACUUUAUUAUAUUCCAAAACUAACCAACUUUUUUGUAAAUUAUACUCAUUUCAGUAUUGUGAAAUAGAUUAUCGUUGGUUUCGUGCAGGUUUGUGUUCUCACAUUCCACUUAGGCCUCGGAGGUCAUUUCCGGGUAAGGUUGAGGGUGCUGCCCCUUGGGGCUGCAGCCCAACCAGGUGUGUUGCACUGGCAGCCGAGGACGGGUGGUAAAGUGGUCAGCGCGGAUGUCCCUGGCAGCGCAGCCGUCCUCCUCUCCCUGCCGUCGCCGUUGCUGUGGGGUAUCGUCUCGGGCUGCCUGCGGGAGGUGGAUUAAGGCACGCUAGCAGGGGGCCGCCGUCUGAAGUGGGCUGCUCUGUUUGUUUCUCUGUCUAACACAUCCAGCCGUAGGUGUUUUAAGGGACUGAUUUAAUGUCUUAUUUUGGAAGUGCCGCUCUGCUACGAGAGGUUAUGGGCGAGCGAGGUGUGCACGGUGGGGCCGCGUGUGUUUCCCGGGGAGCUGUAGUUCGCACCAGCAUGUUCCUGUCUCCUGGUGCUUCUGAGCAGCGCUCGCGCCUGUGACCUUCCGUCUGUUCAUGACUAAAUAGGGAACUGCCGGCCAGUGCAGCUAAGUUUUGCCUGGGGUUUGCAUGUCUCUUUGUUAGCAGAAUUAAAAGUAGCCCUUAACAAGCAGGAGCUGGUGCACAGUAAAGAUGCGGCUGAAGGGUGUUAGCUUUGUGCUUCUCUACCUUGAGGAGCCGACAGCUCGUGUGGGCCUGCGUCCGGUGUGUUCCGUUCCGUUCUGUUCUGUUGCCCCGCUGCUUCUCUGCGGCACUUUCUUCCUUGAUGGUGUGCAGGGUCUUUUUAGGCCGGGGAGACAGCUCAGCAGUGCAGCGCCAGCCUGGCAAGCCCAAGGUCCUGAGUGCGAUUCCUGGUACCAAAAAAAGUCUUUGUAGUCUGUAGCGAGGGAAGACUCCCUGCGAAGCACAAGAAACGCAUCCUCCAUCGAUACGAUGCAGACAGGGCUGUCCUAGCAAGGGCUCUGUGCACUGAAGGGCAGGGGUCAGCUUCCCCUGCUCCCCCAGACUCUGUUCACUCCUUUCCUAUGCUGUGACCCCCGCAGGUGUCCAGAAGUGUCCCAGGGAGAGCCAGGAGCUCUGCAAUGACCCUGCUGACACGAGUUCCCUGGAGGGUGCAAGGGGGACUUGUCUGUGCAGACCUAAAGGUGCUGGGAAGGCCUCAUGGAGGGAAAGGAAGCUGCUGUCCUCUGUAGCCGCCCCAAGGGAGCCCGUGACAGCAGACAGGCCUGGCCAGGCCCAGGCCACAGAGGUCACCCAGCUCCUUCCAAGAGUGGCGCCCAGCAGCAAAGCAAAUGUCACCUUGCCGUCCCUCGCUGACUCGCUGGUAAACUCACGGAGUGGGGCAAGGACCCCUCCAGUCACCACAGAGCCGGUGCCUGCACACAGUAGGUGCUUAGUGUCUGACAAGGGAUGCCAGGACCCUUGCGGUCACGGAGAUGCUCUCACUGGGAGAAAAGCGGUUUUGCUGGAUUUUAAGUGGACAGCUUUGUACCCACGAGGGCUGGCCUUGGGUAGAGAGAGGAGGAAGCUAGCAUCAAAUAAAAACUACUACAAAGUGCCUCCUACAUGCCACGCACAAGCCUGCGUUCUUCAUGUGCGCCCUGGGGUGCCCAAGACCUGUGCUUGGCUCCCCAGCAUGCCUUGCCCCAGUCCCUGAGUGCCAGGUUUUUGUCAGUGACCAUACAGCAGGGUCAGAGAACAGAAAUCGGGGUCCCUUCGGGAAGAGAAAGGGGCCGCCCUGCAAAGAGUGAGGCAUCCUCUUCCUGCACGUCGUCAGCGGGGGAGAGAGAAGGCCUUGGCACGCGGAGGAAGUGGCUGUGUAGCUGUGACAGCCCCUGAAGUACACCCCGCCUCUUCCGCUCCUCAGUGACCACAGGCCGCCGUGCUGUCAGGAGGGAACAGGAACCAGGGUCUCAUUCUCCUGGCCCGAAAGUCUCCAUGGUACUGAACUUUAAAGACCUUCUCUAGAUUAUUUUUUGCUGAUAAAACUUUUUAAACUUGUAUUUUUCAAGAGUACUUCUAUUGUUGCUUUAGUUUGAAAAAUCUCCCCGUGUAUCAUAGUUGCAUUUAUGUGAGGUGAGGAGGCUGCUUUAUGCCUCUGAGCCCCUCAAUCGGAAGCCUACAGUGUAGGAACCAGCACCUUUUCCACCUUGUCAUCGGAAUUCUCCACGUGAUUGCAUUUUUAACUCUCUUUCCCAUGAGACCAAGUGUCUGAUAAAGCCUGCCUUUUUUUGGAGGAAACAGCCAGUCUUUUAAAUUGCUGUCUGGGUGAAGUUCGGCCUCAUGAUAAAUUCUGACGCUCUUGUGGCCCAGCAGGGUGCGCUGACUCGCGCUGUCAGAAGCCAGUGUGCUUUGAGAUCCUGGUUUGGAUCCGAGGAGGCCCUGGAGCACAGCAGUGAUGCCCCACAGACUUGGGACACACCAGGGAGAUGGAAGGGCAGGCAGCCAGGUGAGGGGACCCAUGAAAGAAAUGGCCACUUCAUCGGGGUACAGAGGCACAACCUGAAAUCCCAGCAUUCGGGAGGCUGAAGCAGGAAGAUCUGGGCCCCGCAGGGAUGGAUGGGACCUGGUCUCAAAAGAGAGGGGAGCAGAUGAGCUGAGAUCCUGGUUCAGUCCCCAGGACAGAAGAAAGAAGUGGCCAUCCACUCCAGACGCAUCGAACCCCAGGUCCACCUGGGCUGGUUUUCUCCUUAGUGAUAAUUGCCUUUCAGUACCAGGAAUCAAACUCAGAACCUUGCACUUGCCCGGCAGAUGCUCGUGCCGCUGAGCUGUAUCCUCAGCCCCUCUCUAGUGAUCCUGAGUAGGGCCCUCUUUUCAGCAUGUCGGUACCAACAGGCUUAGGUCCCUCCCAUCAGACCACAAGAAGAUGUCCGCAGCUGUGCCACUUAGCGUCGUGGACCUGACUUAACAGGACUGCGCCCUGGCCCUGCCGUGCCUCCUGCCUGAGGGGAGGAGGUGACAUGCCUGUGUUCCCCUGUGCUCUGUGUUGACAGGAAACACUUCUCGGCUACCUCCCUGUGGAGUGUUGUGCUUGAUCCCCUGCCAGUUCCAAAGAAUUCAACACAUUCUGCCCUUCAGCAGAGGCCUGGAGGCAGGCAGUGCGCGGCCCUGAGGAGCACAGUUCUCCAGGCGGGCUGCCACCUUCCUGCUGUGUGCAGAAUUGGAACUUUUAAUCAGGAGGGCAGUGAUUGUGUUGCAGCCACUGCAGAAUGCGUGCUUGAAGCUCAGCUUGGACUGCACAGGGUCUUUGAAGGGCUCCGUUUCCAUGCAGCAGGAAGGGGACCUAUUUAAACACUGCUGUGUAAAGAGGCGGGGCCUCCCCGCUGGUUAGGGUCAGCAGGGAAGACAGUCUGUGUGCAGCGGGACUGGCCCUGGCGCUCAGGGGCUCGCCGCCCCGAUGCUCCUGUCCUCUGCGGUGCUUGCUUCUCGGGAAUCCCCAGUGUCAGUCGGAAGGUGGACUCAUGGUCCUAUCCCUCGUCUGUGAGUCAGCUCUCGUGGCCCAGGACUCCACGGUGAGAGGCUGGGCGUUUCCUGAGCACAAGUGUGGGCGUGGAUGAGUGGUGCAGAGGUGCACUGUGCUGCAGUCGGGACCGCUGUGCUCUGUUCCACACGUGGGGGGUCCCCACUUCCUCCUGCACCUGUGCCUUCUCCACGCCACGUGCAACAGGCUCCUUCCCACUCCAGAUGGACAGCCCGCCCUCCACAGUGACCUCAUGGUCAGCACAGUCCUGUGUGACCGGCUUAGGUGGGAGGCUCCUCAGUAGUCAGGAGUUAAACCCAUGCCUCAAGGCCAUGAGCACUCAGAAUAACUUCAGUUUGGUGAAAUCUAAACUUCAUUAAUUACUAAGGUAUAAUUUGAGCCCAGCAGACAUGGUAGUGCAUGCCUCUACUCCCAGGGCUCUGUGAGGCUGAGGCAGGAGGGCCACAAGUUUGAGCCCAACCUGGGAAACAGCAGUUUAGUGAGUCCCCGUUUCCAAAUUUUAAAAAAGGGCCAGGCAUGGUGGUACACGCCUGUAAUCCUAGUGCUCGGGAGGCUGAGGGAUGGGGAUUGCCUGGGUCAGCAGGAGCUCGGCCACCUGGACAACAAAGUGAGAGCCUAUCUGAGAGAAGAAAAAAAAAGAACUGGGGACCGGCCGGGGUAUAGCUUAGUGGCACAGCACCUGCCUGCCAGCCCAGGGUCCUGAGUUCAAUUCCAGGCACCAAACAUAACAAAGAGCUGGGAGUGUAGCCCAGGACAAAGGCCCUGGCGUUCAGUCGGCAGACUGGAAAAGGAAAAAAGGCUGUAUGGUCGUGGGCUUUCCAGAGUGAGGGGCUUCUCUCCAGGUGACAGUGACCCAGCAGACCCAGGCCCUUCCCACGAGCGAUGUCUGGGGAGCAAGCCUCCCUUCCCCCUUCUCCAGCGAUGGUGAGGGGUCUCCCUGACCCUGAGCUCAUGCUUUCCCCAGUGUCCCCGCAGGCAGAGGUGAGGAGACUCACAGCUUCCUUUCUGACCUGUCCAGCAUGCGGGCGACCUCGUCCCGACUGUCCUCCUCGGGCCUCGCCACCACCUGCGUUCCAGUGUCUGUGCCACUUGAGAUCUGAGGCUUGUAUUUCUCUGCAUGUUUAUGAAAUUCUUCCCUGUGGACCUGUGCACCCCUCCAUGUCGUUGGUUAUGUUCAGGGUGACUCUGUGCCUGGAACAGCCCCAAAAUGCGCAUGCAGACUGUCAGAGGUGGUGAUAAGCAGGGGCCCUCUGCUGGGAGUCGGCCCAAGACAUCCUCCGUUUUUGGGUGACAGCAGGACGCCGUGCUUUGCCCAGCACAGGGCUGGCCUCAGAGCCCCUUGAGGUGGUCCUGCGGCAGUGGGGCGGCCACCGCCGGCUCUGCCUUGACUCCGGGGUGCACAGCACCCCCCCCGUCCACAGCUGGCCUGUGGGUUCUCCCGCGUCCUGCCCAGUGCACUUGUGCUUCUCGCCCUCGCUGCCUGUCAGGUGGCCGAGCUGGCCUUGGGCUGGAGACCUUCGAUCUGAGCUCGGGUCGGUUUCUCCCGCGGCCACCCACCCGGAGGUGCGCCUUCCCCCUGGGGAGGAGGGCAUUGGUGUCCUGUGUGUGAGAACCUUCUUAUUUACACCCGCUUUUGGCAGUCGCCUGCAGCCUCCAUUUCCCGGCCUGGUUCUCUAACUACCUGACUUGUGUAGCAAAGAAAAGAGGAAAGGGGGACACGAACAUCCUUCUUCUGGUGCCCCAGACCUUUGUGUCCUCUGGGGGCUUGUGGGGUGCCAGGCCUGUCUCCUGCACCCCUGGAGCUCCCCGGGUGUGGCCCGCAGCCACCUUGCUGCCUGCCCAGGCAGGGCCCGGGCCACCCUGCUACCUCAGCCUGCACCCAGGGCAGCCCCUGAGCCAGUGCGGUGCUGCACCCUGAGGAGGCCGGGUGGGUCCUGUGGGCAGGACGCAGCUCCGUGUCCUGGGGUGCCUUUCAGAGAACACCCUGGGACCGAGGUCUCCACCCUACACUGCAGAUCGGGAGUUGAAUCUAAAAUCAGAAUUCUUGUUUACAAUGAGAGAGAGAGAGCGAAAAAGAGACCAGGUUUUUGUAUUUUUGCCAGAAGAAAUUUUUGCUUAAAUAGAAAUCCCAGAAAAUGUUUUUUGUAUUAUUAAUCUAGGGCCGGGGAUUUAGCUCAGCAGCAUAGGCGCCUGCCUGGCAAACACCAGGGCGCAAGUUUGAUCCCUGGUACCAAAAAAUAAAUAAAAAUAAAACCAAAAAUAUUAUUAAUCUAGCAUAGUUCAUUGAACUGGAGUCUGAUGCUUUAAAAAAGAAUCAGGCGGAUGUGGUUCCAUCAGCUUCAGGACUGAGGAACUCCCCCCCCCCCCCCGCCAUCCCAGGGUCUACAGUUCUCUCCAAGCACAGUGGGAAUCGGGGGGCGCUGAGUGACUUCUGCUGACCGAGGUGCCUGUGAGGCAGGCCCCGGCGGUUUCAUUCAGCGCCUUUUCCCGCGGUGGGGUGGGGUGGGGUGGGGGGUCUUUUCCUUGUGAACCCCCUGGUAACCCAGCUUUAGUCGGUUCCUGCUGUGUGCUCAAGUCCCCCAUGACAGGGGGUGGUGUUCUGUGUCCCUCUCUCUGUGGCCUGUGACAAUCAUUUAAAAAAAAAAAAAAAAGCUGUGGCUUCAGUGCAGUGGCCAGCACUGUCGUGGCCCGUUCUGUGGUUUGGGGUGGCCAAUCCCAGAGUUAGUGGGCCCCCCAGAGCUCCAUCCUUCUCAGACCUCAUCCCCACGCUGUGUCACCAGUGCUGAGCCCGGUGUGCUGUCUGUAGGGACCUGUGUUCUGUCUCUGUCACCACCAGAGGAGUCUGCCAAGGGAACUCCUUACCCCAGGACUGUGUAUUCUGUUCAGUGCUCCCAAAUUCCAGGUCCUGUAGCACAGCCAGCCCGCACCUGCCAGUGUCAUGUGGGGCGCUUAGUGUGUGACUGUCACCAUCCAAAGAACUGGGUUUUAGGGCACACUGGAUUUGUUGUUUUGGAUGCAGUUAAUGCCAUGAAGAAAAUGCCAUAAAGACCACAUAAAUUCCAGAUUCCAAAAACACCGUCCCCAAGGACAUCCCUUCAAUGCAGAUCUGUUUGAUGUGUCUGUAUCUUUUCUGGCCUGGUACUCACAGAUGGUUUUUAAUUUAAGCCUUGUAUGUAGGAAAGUUCGAAGUUGCGAGGUCCACUUUGACAUAUAUUCAGAUCGAGGUUGUUUUGUGUGUGACACAGUGCUUUUCAGACAGUCUCCUGCUGAAAAGCAGUCGUUUGCAAUGAACAUACAUAAAUUAAGCACAUUUUACAGAUAGCUCAAAGUAUUUGGAGAUUGCACCUUGUGAAACUGUACUCCCAGAAUCCAGUGGGCUCGUACGGAAACUGUGCUGGCUUGCUUUAGUGGACUGUCUCUGUCACAGCCAGAGGUACCGGGGGAUUCUGGGCGUGAUUCUCUGUCGCUUUGCAGGUAUGAAGUUUAGUGAAGUUAGACGUCACUUUGAUUAUGACCUUUCGUACAAAGUUGCUUUAUGGUUUACAAAUAACACUGGCACAGAAGGGCACGUGGACUUCCUCACGUUAAGCCGCAGGCACUUUGUUUCUAGGCGCGGUGUCGUGGGGUCCCUGUGCCCGACCACGCCCGGGGGCAGGACGCCUCUGCCAUUGUGCUCUGGUACCAAGGAUCAGUGAAAAUGUUUUAUCUUUUUUACGUAGUUUGUAUUGACUGGAUUUUAUAACUGUAAGAAAACAGAAAGUGUUGUAUUUUGAUCUGAAAUUUGUGUAUGGUACAAGUAAUUUUGUUUUCUGUGUUGGAAGUUCAUUUAAAACUUGAAAUAUUUUCUAGAAGGGUACUGAACAAAAUGGAUUGUCUCUAAGCUGUUUAAUUAACCUAAUAAAAGAAUUCGACGGGAA